AUGAGUGCUAAAGACAACUCUUGGGUGCUAGUUGGAAAAGAUGGACGCACCCAUGAUCUGUCACAUGGAAUGAUUUUUAUUGGAAGAGAAGAAUGUGAUAUUGUGUUACAGGCUGCAAGUGCAGACAAGCGGCAUGCUGUUUUAUGCUACAAUAAUAGUGAGCAGAAGUUCCAUAUCAAAGAUUUAAAUAGCUUGACUGGAACAUAUGUUAAUGGUAUUAGAAUUCCAGAACAAACUUAUGUCAAGCUGAAACGAUUGGAUUGUAUUAGAUUUGGUUAUGGACCAGAUGUUUUCUAUUUAGAGAAAAGCUCAAGUGCCUCUUCUCCUUGUAAAGAAGAAGCUCCUCUUCCCGUCAAAAAUGAAAAUGCGGUUAAGGAGGCCUGCAAAAAAGAAAAGCUGAAUCAGAAAGUUGAUGAAUCUUCUCUGAAAAAUGAUGUGAGCUCUGAAUCGUCAGUUGUGACGCGUGAUUCUAAUAACCCUCCUGAUUCUCUGUCCUUGAACCUUGUAAAUAGCCGUCAGCAAGAUAAAGAAUGGGAGUGGGUUGGGCAAGAUGGAACACUAUCAGAUAGUCCAGAUUAUAGUCAAAGAAGUGAAACGUCCUCUUGCUCAGCUCCUCCAAAUUAUGGAAGUGCAACUGCAGAUGACAGAGAUACCGGAUCUGCCCAUUCAUCGCCUGCUGCCACUGCAUUCACAAUUGCUUUUGAUACUGAAGCUAACACUCCAAGGAAAAAACUUGGAAUCCGAGACAGUAUUAGUAAAUUUGCUCCUAAUAAAAUAGAUACAGACAAUCGAGUGACCUUCCAAAAGAACAAUAAAACAGAACCAAGUCCAAAGAAAUUACCUAUUCCUGAUAAAACAGCUGCACACAAGUCAAGAACGCAGUUUGUCACUGCUGAUUUAAAAGACAUUAAUGAAGAAAUAGGAAAAAUUGCUGACUCCACGUCUUUCUUAAUUAAAAAAAUGCUGAAUGGUGAAGUUUCACCUUCUGAUAUUCCUGAAGAGAUGCCUUGCAAAGACAAACAAAAUGCACAAAAUGAUAUUGAUGAUCGUAGUGAAGCUGGUACAUAUACUGUUGAAACUGAACAAGCUGACUGUGAUGUUGAAGAAGCUAGGAAAAAAAUUGAUGAAGUUUUUGGUGUAAUCCAGCUUUCAAAUUCUGUCUUGUCAUCCUCAUAUUCUUCUAGCACAACCUCUUCAUCAAACAAGCAGAUUCCAAGACUCAAUGGUCGUUUAAAGCAGCCUGUUUUAAAAACGGCCGUUACUCCCAACAAAAGAGAUUCUUCUAUGUCAUGGAAUUCUGGAACUAAAGUUUAUGGAAGGACUCGAGGGCAAGGUCCUACACCAGCAGCUUCUACGGAAAGCCUUAAUCAUUCAGAUACGCUUCCCCGAUCCCUUCAGCGAACAAGGAAAAUGUCUGACCCCCCUUCCACACCAGACAGGACCCGUCGCUCGAAACAAAUGGUUGCACCUCCCAAGUCUCCUGCCAAAACAAAAGCACCAUCCACUUUGAAAUCUCCUGGAUCUCUAUCAAACAAUUUAUCUGCUGCACCAUCAAAUAGGGAAUCUGUAAAUAAAUGUCAAAACAUUACUCGAAGAAGGUCUACUGACAGCAGGUCAGAAGGUUCGAAAUCACCUCAUGCAGGCAGUGCACAGUGGCAGAAAGUUCCGUGGAAUUUAUCUGGCUCCGAUCUUGAUUUAGAUCGCAGCAAGUCUGAGAACAAUAGUAUUCUCUCAGAUACUAGCACUGAACCAAGUUCACACAGCUCACAUUCUGGGCAAGGUAGAGGUGGACCAUCCGAUCAAAGUGGCCCUCAAAUGCGCCUAAAUCGAGCCUUUGCUCUGCGUCGAGCCCGCCUUGAAGCAGAAGGGAGCAAAAGACCAGGCAAGGAAAAUCGAGCCUCAGUUGGUGGACAACCAAAGCUGCCUGCUAAAAAGGCAUCUUCCUCUUCACGGUUGUCUUCAAGUACUUCAACCUUGAGGGAUGAAAGCAGUAGUGGAGGAAGCAGUAGCAAGUUGAGUUAUCGAUUAGCACCAAGUAUGAAUAAGUCUUUCUCUGGCAGACAAAUGGUUCAGAAUACCGAUCCAUUGAAGCGAAAAAUUGUUUCUAGUCAUAACAUGGAUGAUUACCAGUGUAGAGGCUCUAGCAAAGAAAUAACUGCUUUAGAUUCUCUAGUCAUAUCUGCCAUACAUCAAUUGGCAUCAAAGCUCUGGGCGAAUUCUAAGGAAUUAUUGGAAAGAGAAAGAAAAAAAUGUCCGAAAGGUAGCGAUACUUGGUUGAUGAUUGAUGAAGUCCUGCCACAGGGUCCUGUCUCUGGAACACCAGAAGAUGGAGACUUCACUAAAGAUCUGUCCAGUAUUUUGAAAAAUUUGAAACGGGUUGAACAAGGCUUAGAUGUAUUGUCCUCUAUUCUUGAAAAUGGCCGUGAUCCAGAACCUGGUGUUGAAGCAAAAACACCUUUGCCACAGAAUUUUUUUGUUGUGAAUAUGUGA